AUGGCACCAGCGGUCAACACUCAACUGAAUGUUGCUCAUGUCCUAAUGAUACAAUUCGCCUUCAACACAAUUGUAGCGACCUAUGCCAACAUACAACAAGCAACAGAGACGGCUAGAGCCACGUUGAGGUCCGCCAUGCAGGCCUUGGAUAAUGCAAAGUUGAACUGGGGUGUCAGGUCCGUCGAGUUACUACUCGAAGCCAAACGACUUCUAUGCGGUAGUGGUAGUCAUAGUGGUAGUCAUCAUAGUGGAGGUAAUCAUGUUCGUAGUCCAUCAGAGUGUACACAAGACAAGUCCUCCUCUUCUUCUUCAUCAUCUUCUUCUUCUCCUCCAUCUCCUCCACUACCUCCACCACCACCACCUCCUCCAACUAGUCAAGAUACUCCAACUCCUGCAGCUACUACAACAAUACCACCUAGACAAGAAGAUGAUCAUAAAGGACCAAGUAGUGAUAAUGAAUCAGAAUGA